AUGGAGCGGACGAUGAGUGAGCUGGUGCCGCAGCACGGCCCCACGCCGCACAUGGGCCUGCUGCGAUGCCAGAUGGAGCGUCGUGGCCGGCACAGCCUCAAAGGCUACAAGAAGCGCUUCUGGGUUGUGGAUGAGCGCAACGGCUGGCUAGAGGUGUACAAGAAUGAUCAGGAGCACGUGCCCAUAGAGGUGUUUCGCGCCGCCGAUAUCCGCAACGUCAUCUACUCCGAUGAUAAGCAGAACCGCUUCUUCAUGAUGUUGGUGCAGACACGCGGGCCGCGCGACAUCAAGUUUCGCAUGGGCAGCUUUGAGGAACGUGAGUCCUGGUCCAAGGCGAUUACGCAUAUAAUGGAUGUCUACUCCGCCAUCAACAAGCACAAGAACGUACUGGGGAUGGUGCUGCGGCGUGCUAAAACCGUGUCGGAAGCCCUCGGAGUCAACAUCUCCAUUGACAGCGGACGCCUGCUCGCUGAGGUACCGGAGGACUUGCUGCAGUACGUUGCCGAGGCUGUCGACAUUGCCUUGGUGAGCGUCACGGCGAUUGUGCGCUCCUUCAGUGAGGAAGGAGCGGACAUGCCGCGCAGCUACAUCCUCUAUGUGCACGCUAUCACGGAAGAGCAGUCACCGUACCAGCAAAAGGAAACGAAGUAUAGCCCAGAAGGGCGGACCAUGACUAUAAACGUGUGUCUUCUCCGAGUCAAGUCCGAGCGGGUCAGCUUUGUCGUGACGCAGCCGGAUGAGGUGUUUCGGCUGGUGCAAUCAAGCGUCUUUCGAAAUCCUGUCAUCGAGGGCUGGAUCGAGAGUGAGCCUAAAUGCGCGCAGGCGUGCGCUGCCAUUCAGGACUACCUCGAGCUGCCAGCGGGGCGGAGCAGUUGGAUCACGUUUCAAUGGGGUCAGCACGUGAGCGACAGCGCCAAGGUAGAGGCCUUUCUGCAGAGAUUCGUGACCGCCACCUUCUUCAAGCGCGCUCUGCAGAGCGUCAGGGAUGCAGUGGUACGUGUGGAGCGGCUGAUCGCUGACACGAAUGCACAGGCGACUGCCAAGAACUUUACGGGGGGCUUCCUUGGUGCUUCAGUGCGCGACGGCGGCUGCUCAUCGCCGUUCAGCGAGCGACGUCAGAUGACAACUCCUGGCAUGCCCGUGCAGUCGGACAGCAUCAUUUUCAACAACAGCACUGCAGCAAUGAGCGUGGCAGGCAGUGGCCUCCACACUCGCCAGCCCACGACCCCCCUUAUGAUAAAUAACGCUGCGGGUGGCGGCUCCGACGCCGCGCUUGCCAUUCGGCUUAUCCGUGAGAAUGUGGCAGGGUUGUGCAUUCAGCUGGAGAAACGCGUCGUCGAGAAGGGUACUGCGCCGCCGCAUAUUGUCACGCUGCACGCAUCCGAGUACGAGCAGCAUUGCCGGCCCGCGUUCCUGCUGGUGGCCAAGUGCCGCCGCGUCUUGCCUCGCAAGCACCACAUGACGAACGAUGUGUUAAGUGACGAGCUCUACGAGGUGGCCUACAAUGCCUUUCUGCAGCAGCAGCUCAGCGUGCUGCGGACCGAGCUGAACGGCAUCUUUCACAAACAGGUGAAGGUGGUCAUCAUGUGGGAUCUCCUCUUUCGCGCCGCCGCAGGCCUGAAGACGCCGGUUAAUGCGGAGGAGUUGCCGCACCUUUUGCGGUACGUGAAAGAUGUUUGCCUGUCGAGGUUACAGCACGUUGCUCAGGUGCUGCGUCAUGCUCGCUCCGACGUCCCCGGGCACGUGGAGGACCACAGCUACCUGUACAACGCUUUCUGCAGCUGCGUCGGGACCGUUGUGGUCAACUUCUUGCCGUAUACGGUGAGCAGUGACGCGAACGUCUUUGAGCCAAACUUGCAGGCUGGCGUACUGACCGAUACGCUCUACUGCACCAAGGAGGAGUCGAUGCCAAGCUUGAUGGCGGCUCUCGGCCACGCCCACCGGGGCAGCGCCAGCAAGACGACGCGGGUCUCGCUGAUGGGAACGGGUUUUCAUGGCGUUCUUCUGUAUGCGGCGGAGGCAAAGCUGGGGGCGUGGUGCGAGAGCUUCUUCUCCGACCCUGAGAACGCGAUUCCAGGCCCGCGGCGCCAACUUGUGGAGGACGAGUUCGACAGCGACACGGAUGGCGCGUCGGUCGGGAUGCUGCAGGACCCCGACUUCGGCGAAGCGGUCGCCUACGAGCGGAGCGCUGAGAUUCGGCCGCUGACGAUGCAGCGAGUCGUGAACGCAAUCUACGACUCGCAGCGCCACGCGCCGGUGGAUCUAAAGAUCGGCUCCGAAGACAUCAUACGCGCCAUCCACGCCUUCGUCUCGGCCUUCGGGGAUGACAAGCGACCCAGCAAGCAUGAUGUAGCGCGCGUCCUCAUCAUCAAUCUUCAGCGUCUGCGCCAAAUGUACGUGCGCGCCGUGGAUGACGAGACAACGUCGCUGCUGACGUUUGAGCAAGCGUGCCAGCUCCUGCGCGACUUCUGCGAGUACGAAACAAAUGAGCAGUACAUUGAUGCGGCGCUGCACGAAGUGCCUAGGCUGGGGUCGGAGCCAGCGUCGCCGCAGGAGGAGCAGGAAAGAUCCUACAGAGAGUCGCACGAGCCGGCGGGAGCGGCGAAAGAGGAGGUGCAUGCUGACGUGAGUGACAGCGGCAACCCUCUAGAGGAGAAUAAUGUAUAUCCGCACAGCCCCCGCCCCUGCGCCAUGAACGAGGCCAGCUUGAGUGUCAUGAGUAAUGGCACCACGAACGGCGCCGAGGUGACGAGGCGCGGCAACAGGCGCCGGUCCUUGUCGCGACGGCGGCUACAGAGCAACAGCAAGCGAGCCAGCACCAUCGCCGCUUCCCGCACCGUGGAAAGCCCAUCAGCCCCGUCAGCUGUGGUGACACCAGCGGUGACGUGCAACCAUAGCGAGCCGCAUAUCCGCGCUCCCUCCACAACGUCCGAUGCCUUCGACUUCGCCUCUGUCACAGAAGUAGCGCUGACGGUGUUGCUGCCGCGCGAGGCCCGCCUGGCUCGUCUCGCGUGGCGUGUGGGGUUUGUCUUUGGCCUUGAGAACACCGGCAAGUCGCUUAUCAUCAACUCCAUGCGCGGCAUCGCCAGACCGACGGUAGCGACGGUGGGCCUCUCCCAGCAAGUCGUCGCCUUCGAUGAGUGGGUGUGGGCUCUGAAUGAACUUGGCGGUCGAGAGAGCUUUCGAAAGAACUGGCGCUACUACGCACUCCGAAUCGACACCGUCCACUUCCUUAUGUUCGUUCUCGACGUUCUCAACGGACAAGCGCUGGACGAAGCGCGGCAGUACCUGAAGGAGGUCACCAGCCACUAUCACGAUGUUCCGCUGCUCGUCAUCUUCAACAAUUUCCGUGAGGGGCACCGCCGCUUUGACAUUCGCGAGUUCGAGGCCCUUAUCCAUCUCGAUAAGCUGCGGAGGCGGCACGGUGCCGAGGUUCUCUCUUGCGUAUGCGACAUAACAGUGGUGCACUCAAAGAACAGACAGCUCCCGCAAAAAUUGAGCUCCACGCUACGCACACUCUCGAGCCUCCUCAUAGCCCGCUCAAAGAGCGAGAAUGGCGGUGACGGGGGAGCACCACCGACUCCGAAGACGACCACUUCCUUUUCCGCGAGUGUGGUAGGCGGUGCGGCUGGCGCUGCGGCAGCGGGUGCUGCUGUAGUGCACUCGACGUGA